AUGUAGCUGUUCUGUUUAUGUUUCGAUAACUGUAUCGUGUGUCUGAAUCAAUAGGCUGUGAUUAGUAAACCUUUGCCUACCUGCUGUCAGAUAAGGUAUAGAUUAGGUUGAGCGACAAGGCUUUCUUGGUACUGGUCCUGAAAGACAUUGGCAAAAAUAGAAAGGUCUUGUGUCUGUGGUUUCAAAAAUGUAAUUCAGUGCGUUACGUGGUUUUAUUUUGUUAGUGGUAGAGCCUUUGAUAUGUAGAACUGGUCUUAUGUGUGUGUAGCGUAUGUAGUGAUACUUGCUCAAAUCCUUGCCAUUUAAAGGCAUGAGAAGAUUAGUGACUUGGAAAGCUCUAGUUAUGACUAUGAGUUUGCCAGUUCCCAUAAAAUUCACACUUAUAGCCACUAUAAUGGUGAAUAAAAAGAGUAUUGAACUGGAACAAGACACUAAGGACCUCAUAAGAGAAGAAAAGCUAAAUGAUAGCUCAGCCCGGAGGACCCUCAAUUGAGUAGUCAUUGUCUGCCAAAUAAAGCAUUAAUGGCAGGGUGUAAGUAUUCUGUAGAUAUGCUGACAUUCACUUUUUCAUCAAGAUGCUGGUACAAUAAGUCUUUCAGAAAUCGAUGGCCUCCUAAAAAAAAUUAUCAUUAGAUGAAGUUGCACAGUUGGACACAUUUCAAAGUGCAACAAUACAAUUCCUUCUUGAUGUGUAUGUGCUAUUUCAUCUAAAACUCUUGUUUCAUUAAAUUAAAGAGCAUGGCUGACCGGCUAGGGCACAGUGAAGAAAUUGAUUAGUUCAGGCUUCGGAUCUUCCGUAUAUUCAAAGACUUUCAUUAAGCAAGUGAAUUGCAGAGUUGAAUUUUGCUUUUGUAACUCUGAACUCUUUGAUUAUUUUUUUUGUUUUGUUUUCCCCUAAAAAUAUUACAUUUGCUGAGGCAAUACUGUAAUUCCAUGAUAACCUUCUGUCUGCAAAGCUGGACAGAAAUCGCCAAGAGAUUGAAUACAAUUUGUGCACAAGUCAUCCCAUUUUUGUCUCAGGAACAUCAGCAGCAAGUGGCCCAAGCUGUAGAACGUGCCAAACAAGUGACCAUGGCCGAACUGAAUGCCAUCAUCGGGGUACGUGGCCUUCCAGGUCUACCUCCUACACAGCAGCAGCUGCAGGCUCAACAUCUCUCCCAUGGCCAUGGACCUCCAGUGCCUCUAACACCGCAUCCAUCAGGACUUCAGCCUCCAGGAAUCCCUCCACUUGGAAGCAGUGCUGGCCUUCUUGCCCUUUCUAGUGCUUUGGGUGGGCAGUCUCACUUGGCAAUAAAAGAUGACAAGAAGCAUCACGAUGCAGAACACCACAGAGACAGAGAGCCAGGCACAAGUAAUUCUCUGUUGGUCCCGGACAGUCUGCGAAGCACAGAUAAACGCAGGAAUGGCCCUGAAUAUACCAAUGACAUCAAAAAGAGAAAGGUGGAUGAUAAGGAUUCCAGCCACUAUGACAGUGAUGGGGACAAGAGUGACGAUAACUUGGUUGUAGAUGUAUCCAAUGAGGAUCCUUCUUCCCCAAGGGCAAGUCCCGCUCAUUCACCACGUGAAAAUGGUAUAGAUAAAACCCGACUGCUGAAGAAAGAUGCCUCUAGCAGUCCAGCAUCUACGGCCUCUUCAGGAAGUUCCACUUCCCUCAAAUCCAAAGAAAUGAGUCUGCAUGAAAAAGCCAGCACGCCUGUUCUGAAAUCCAGCACACCAACUCCUCGAAGUGAUGUGCCAACCCCAGGCACCAGCGCAACUCCAGGACUUCGUCCAGGCCUUGGCAAGCCUCCAACAAUGGACCCUCUGGUUAACCAAGCUGCCGCAGGUUUGCGGACGCCAUUGGCAGUACCAGGACCGUACCCUGCUCCAUUUGGAAUGGUACCUCAUGCUGGCAUGAAUGGAGAGUUAACCAGUCCAGGGGCAGCCUAUGCCAGUCUGCACAAUAUGUCACCCCAGAUGAGUGCUGCUGCUGCUGCAGCUGCUGUGGUUGCCUAUGGAAGAUCUCCUAUGGUUGGGUUUGAUCCUCCUCCUCACAUGAGAGUACCUGGAAUCCCUCCAAAUCUAGCAGGGAUUCCUGGGGGAAAACCAGCCUACUCCUUUCACGUUACCGCAGAUGGUCAGAUGCAGCCGGUUCCUUUCCCUCCUGAUGCCCUCAUUGGUCCAGGAAUCCCUCGCCAUGCCCGUCAGAUCAACACUCUGAACCACGGGGAAGUGGUGUGUGCAGUUACCAUCAGCAACCCCACGAGACAUGUGUACACGGGUGGGAAGGGGUGUGUCAAAGUCUGGGACAUCAGCCAGCCUGGCAACAAGAGCCCUGUCUCUCAGCUGGACUGCCUGAACAGAGACAACUACAUCCGCUCUUGUAAAUUGCUGCCUGAUGGAUGCACCCUAAUAGUUGGUGGAGAAGCCAGCACGUUAUCCAUAUGGGACCUGGCAGCACCAACUCCUCGUAUAAAAGCAGAGCUGACAUCCUCAGCCCCUGCCUGCUACGCUCUGGCUAUCAGCCCUGAUUCCAAGGUGUGCUUUUCCUGCUGCAGCGAUGGGAACAUAGCAGUGUGGGAUCUGCACAAUCAGACAUUGGUCAGGCAAUUCCAGGGCCACACAGAUGGAGCCAGCUGUAUUGACAUUUCUAAUGAUGGUACCAAGCUCUGGACAGGAGGUUUGGAUAACACUGUCAGAUCCUGGGACUUGAGAGAGGGGAGGCAGCUACAACAGCACGACUUCACAUCACAGAUAUUUUCCCUUGGUUAUUGUCCUACUGGUGAAUGGCUGGCUGUGGGAAUGGAGAGCAGCAAUGUAGAAGUGCUACAUGUAAAUAAACCAGACAAAUAUCAACUGCACCUUCAUGAGAGUUGUGUAUUGUCACUCAAGUUUGCUUACUGUGGUAAAUGGUUUGUGAGUACUGGGAAAGAUAACCUUCUUAAUGCAUGGAGAACUCCUUAUGGAGCCAGUAUCUUCCAGUCCAAAGAAUCUUCGUCAGUGCUUAGCUGUGACAUCUCUGUGGAUGAUAAGUACAUAGUCACUGGCUCUGGAGACAAAAAGGCUACAGUCUAUGAAGUUAUCUACUGAGAAAUAUGAUGGGGAUAUAACUUUUAGAAGUUGAACUGGGCCAAAAUUGUUCUUAAUUGUAGAAGUAGAAAGGUUUUGCCUUUUAGAAAGGAACAAAAGUAUUGAGGUUCCAGACCUUGCCAUGAAACUACUCCGAUUUUUCAAAAUAGAAGGCAACAUCCAGCAACGAAAUACUGGCUACGUGGACCAAAUGGAACACAGAGGCAAGAUGGACAGAUGUAGCCUAGGUUUUUGAUACAGUUUUUAAAAGCCAAGUCUACUGAAGAAUGUUGGAGCCUUUUAUUUUUUUCUUUCUUUGUGACCUCAUGCAAAUUGUUCUCAUUGCCUGAAUAUGGGGGAUAAAUACCUUUCUGUUCCUUGCAGUUCAAGUUGCAUUCUGUCCUGUGUAGAGCAGUGGUGUCUCAGAUGAACUUGUUUCCUGGUUUUGCAUCUUGUGAUAUGUUUUUGUAUUUUUGUUGAAGGUCAAACAUUUGUAUAAAUUGUAAAUAUAUUUAGUUUAUUACAGCAAAGGCUUUAGUACCAACAACCGGUCUUCCCCCCCCUGCCCCCUCCCUUCCUGCCCUGCUUAUUUAAAAUUAAAAACCUUUUGGGGAUAUAAGUACCUUUUUAGAAGCAAAAGCAAACACUAUGUAUAGUUUGAAAAUGGUGUCUUAUUCUUUAUAAGUCUUCUAGAUUCCUUUAUCAUACUUCAGAGUAGUUGUUUUGACAUAUUAGGGUAUCAAGUCCAGUAGAUACUGUCUUGUGCUACAGAAAACUUAAAAGGCAAUUUUGUACUAAUUAUAGUGUAAAUAUAAAAAUUGAACAUUUCAUGAAGUUGUGCAGUUUAUUUUAAGUUUAUUCUGAUGUCCCAUAUAUAUGUUCUUUGGCAGAUACAGUAAUAUGUGCCUGAUUAUAACUCAUUUUGUCAUUUCUCUAGAAGAAGAGGUGAUUUCCCUCUUAUUUCUCCCCCAGCUGAACAGAAUUCAUGCAAGACUACAUUUCAACUAAAUACAUCAGAGCCCUUAUUCAUUAACUGAGGAUGUCUGCGAUUAAAAAAAGCUAGAUAAGUUGCAUCCUUCGUAUUUUACAGAGAAGUGGUAGUUAGUGACCAUUUCCUUUUUAAUGUCUUGUCUAUACUUAGAUACUCAGGUAAAUUUAAUUAAAUUACCAAAAGUGUGAGUUUUACAGGGGAUCACUUAAACCAUGUCAAAUACUUGCAGAGCUGCAAGUGAAGUGAAUUAACCUAAACUAAGUUAAACUCACUUCUUAAUUUCUUGUGAGAAUAUUGACAAAGGAAUAUUUUGAUUUUUAACUAAUCCACUGUACAAAUUAAUUAGAAGUAAUCUUCCUGAGUGUCCCAUGUUACAAAGGCCUAUAGGCUCUAUGUAUUCAUACUGAGCUAUCUUUGAGUCCUUUCCACUGUUGCGUUAGAGUUUUACAUCUGUGAAGAGCCAUGCUAAGCAGCCAGUUACCAAAGCUAUGCAUCUUCAAAUCAAGUUUUCUUGGUGUACUCAAGAGAAAUGGAUGAGGAGAGAAUGUGUACAUUUUAUUCUAACUAUGUUUUUUCAGAUUAACGAGUUCUUACCACUGUGUGCUGGACAAACCUAGCUAUUGCACCAGUGAGGGCCAUACAUUUCCUACAUUCUGUAAUUUAGUUAGAAUUUCUAUUGCUAAUGGAGAGUACAGAUGAACAGAAGGAUAUCUCUGAACAAAUAAUUCAGAUUACACAAACUGGCAGACAGGUUAAGACUCAUCUUUGAAGAGCUGCUUUCUCAUUUUGCUAGCAUUUGGCAAUGACCUAUAUCCCUGCUCUUUCAAAGACACAUAACUAGGAAGAAACAAGUUUGACUGACAGGUGCAUUGACUGGAAAGGGAACUUCUCAUCUGAGGGCAAAUUUUCUCUCAAUUUCCAGUCUGAAGAGACAUCAGUUUUCUUGUCAAUUUACAUGACCAUUCUACUGAGACCAUUUUGUAGUAUCUAGAAUUGUAAUAGCCUUAAUACAUUAACUUUGCAUUUGGAAUGUAAAAUGUUAACCAUUCAGGAUAAUCUGGUCUCCUAGACAUUUAAAAUUAGUGUUCUAUCCAUAUGUAUCGAUAUCUUUGUCUAUUGCUGUGUUGUGAAUAUCCAUUUGUAUGAAAAUGACAGGCCAGUUUAGGUGGUGGUCAUGUUCCUUUCACACAUAGUAAGGCAAAAAGCAGAAUCAUCAGGCUUUUCAAAGAAAUAAUUAUAUUUGCUACAUUGAAAUACUGUGAAGUGCUAUGCCAUUUUAAAAAGGGAAAGUUUAAAAAUAGAGUAUGUACUAGGUUACUUGAUUUUUACGCUGACCCUGUUUUCAUAUUGAAGUUUUUCCAAAUGUCUGACUGUCAAUGAUCAUUGACUUUGUUUAGCAGCUCUGGCAAAUUUGCUACAGUUAGGAACAUUUGGAUGUCUUCCAAACUACUAUCACCUUGGCUUUUACUUUAUAGGUGUUCUUUUACCUUUCUUAAAAGUUGAUAUUAGAGGAACCAAGAAUGCAAGCAUUCUAACACAUUGGUGUAACUUAAAAAAAUAUACACGAGUAUAUAAUGGAUCUGCUAUAAGUUGCAACAUAGGGGUUGUUAGUAAGACCACAUUCUUGGCAAUCAGGAGGUUCAAAAUCCUAGUGUCAGGAAAAUCAUGAAAUACCUUGUCUUUUCUUGUUAGCUUCUAGAAUGCACAAUGAGUCAGAGCAGUUAUGGAAUUGGACAUUAUUUAUGCAUGUGAAUGAAUUUAAUCAUAUUUGUACCAUAUGCUUCUCAGUUGUAAUUAAGAAAUUACUUCUUUUUCUCCCCAAUCAGAUCUACUUUAAGCCUUCGGUUUGAAAACUUGGGGAGGCAUCAUACAAUAGUCCUCUCAAUUUUUUUUUUGUUUCAGGUUUCACUUAUAGUUUUUGAAACUUUUUUUUCAUUUGUCAAACAGUAAAGCCUAUUCCACCAGCAGAUGUAAUUUUUAAUGAAAAAAUACAUUUGGUGAAAUCUUGGCAUGUCUGUCUACGCUAUUACCUACAAGAUUUAAAACUUGUAGAGCUUAAAACUUCUGUAAGUUCUUAUAGCGCUGUUUAAAUUAGUGGGUGGAAAUAAUUGCAUAUUGAACGAAGAAACAGACCAACCCAGACCAGCAGUAACAGAAAUGGCACUGGGAAAAGCAUGUGGAAAAAAAGAGGUACAGCAGUACCUAUGGUGUAGGUAAUUAAUUUUUUUUUUUUGUCAAUUUAAUUACAAUCCUGAAAGGUUCCUUUGAUUAGCCCCUUUCUGGGACAGUGUUUGCUGGGUGGCCCUCAGUAUUCAGAGAAGUCUGAAUGCCACUCUGGCAAACACUAGUGCCAGAUAGAAGCAGGGAGUCCUUACAAAUGACAUAUUGGAAGUCACUGCAAACAGUAACUGAUGAAGAGAUUUGUGGUAAUAUCAAUUCAAGUGAACAAAAUCCUUUGCUGGCUCUAAUAUGUAUAUUUUGUAUAUAUGCACUAGGCAUAACCUUUUAUAAAUCAAUUGUGCAGAAAAUCAUUAUAUUAUUCCACACAAUGCAUUUGUCAGUGUGUCAGAGUACUUCUUUUUGAUUAUAGUUCCAAGCAAAGAUGGCUCGCCACAUCAACCCACAAGCGGCUGGUCCUUGAGAGAGAAUCUUCAUCCACAUUAAGUCUUUUAAAUUUGUUUGGCAUUUCAAAAGCUUUUGUUCCUUUAAAGGGAAGAGGAAGCACCAAAUGAAUAUAAAGUUCAUAGACUGGUAAAAUAAUAGUGUUGUUUUUUAAUACAAGCAUCAAAGUAGAAUCUAUCAUCUAGUUGCAUACUUUUCUGUAUAAAUGAUUGACCAUAAUUUUUUCUGUCACAUUUUUGCAUUGGUGAUGCAGGUAGAAUUUUCAGAAGUGUUAACUUGAGUAACUUAAACCCAGAUGGACAAAUAGAUUUUUUUUUUUUUUGUGGUGGUGGUUUUUUUGUUGUUUUGUUGUUGUUGUUGUUGUUUGGGGGUUUUUUUGUGGAAAGAUUGCCCCACUUAUGAGCCUGUGGGAUCAUGUAAUCUAGUUGGAGUAGUCCUUUAUAUUUUCUAUUAUGUUGGUGCAAUUUUGAGUCGAUGGGGAAUUUCCACCAUUCUAGUGAUUAAGAAAAGUGGAUUUUAAUGUUUUCAAGCUAAGAAAGUACUGAAUUCAGGUUUCGCACUACUGAUAAAGUGUUUACCCCUUAAGCCACUUCACUGGAGAAGCUGGACUGGCUCCAACUGUGCUGUCUCUUUGAAGGAUUUUAUUUUUUUUCCUACCAGAAGCACAUAGAAAGAAUGUGAGAAUGUAGGUCUAUACAAGACUUAAGUCAUGGUGUCUUGCCAGAGAGAGGUCUUUUAUUGCAAAGUGGGAAAGAUGAAGCAGCUCAGAGUAGGACCUGAUGAACACCAGAAUGAAAGAAAGAGUUCCUGGUAGGGAAUACACGGAGGGACGAUGGAGAAUGGGAACAUACACACACACAUUUUACUGGUAUUCUAAAAUGUAAUCUACAAAAUUCACCUAGAAUGAGAUUUCAGUAUGCAAUUUCACUGACUUCUGUUUCUCCAUGAAGUUGUUCAGAUGUUUCUGCAUAGUAAUUCAAGGACACCUGAGCUGUGUGUUGGAACUGGAAGUGGGCAUUUCUUUGACAUCCAUAAGCAGUCAUCCUAAGAGGAACGAGAGUUAAAUCACAGCCAGGUCUCAACAUUUCCUAUUACCUAAUAUUUUUAUAGCUCAAGAUCAGCUUUCCAGCAAUUGAUAAUCCCAUUUUCAGCGACAUGCUCCCAGAUGUCCAAUUGCAGCUUAAGUGCUUAGUGCAGCGUGGUAGAUUUUGCUAGGGAAACCAGACAUGUAGGAACUGGGUGCUUUAAAAAUCUGCCCUGUGGGUCUAGCUUACUGACAUUUCUGAGAAGUUCACUUGGAAUUUCUGUUCAACUAUAUAGGAGAGCUCAAACAGUCACUUAAACAUUUUCUAAACCAGAAAAAACUGUGCUCUGAACACCCUUUAAGCACAUGCGGAUUUUUUUUUUUUGCCUUUUUUGUGUUGAUUUAUUUAAUUUUUUUCUUCUUACUUAACUUUAAAAUAUCUAUAAAUUGAAUACAAUAAGAAAACAUGAAGGGAAAUAAGAAGAAUGAAUGAAUAAUUGUUUUCAGAGGGCAGAAUAUUCUUAAAGAUGCUAUAUCUCAAAACAAAAGAACCUAUUGCUUCUAUGAUAUAAUAAUUCUUGAGAGAGCUGGAUUUGUGUUUCCUUGGAGCUAAAGUGCUAUUCUCAGAAAACUGAAUACCAAAAAAUUGGUGGUGUGGGGACCAAUGUUGGUUAUCAUUUUAAAAUCUGAGCAGAGUUUUGUGGGUUUUUCUUCCCCCAUAUUCCUUAUUGCCAAGUCCACAGUUCAUUCCUAGAAGCUGAACAACAGGCUGUGCCCUUUCUGGCUCAUGCAUUAGUAAGAAUUUUGUUGUUAACAAGUCUGUUCGUGAUAGGUAGACUACAGGAAAAUCUGAUUGAAUCUUUUAGUGGAUAGCUGCAUAGAUAAUAUCAGUCAGUGUAUAUUGUAAUAAUUUCCCUUACUAAAGCAAGCACCCAGAGGUAAGAUAGCAUCAUUGUUCCAUACUCAUACUUUUAUUGUCUGUGGAAUUGCUGGUCAGUGUAGUUGACUCGCUGAAGAAAAAUUCUGUGGUGGCUUCUGAGGUAAAACUUAAAUUUUGAGAUCCUAAAAUUUUACAUGUGAUUUUGCCCACAGUAAGUUUAUGUUGAUUCCUAGAAGAGAUGCUGCAAGGAGCACUAGACAGUUGCUAUUGCGUAGAGCUUGGCAAGGGUUGCCUUUGCUAUGUUCACAGUACAAAGGUAUAGUAUCUCUUGAACUUCAUUUCUAUCUCUGUUUCCUGCCAAGAAUGAGUUAGAGGUAAAGAUAACACAUAGUUUGGAGAUUAAGUAAUCAAACAUACUAUUAUCCCUUUUGUAUACUCUGUCAUUAGCAUAGAAAAUGGAGAUGAUAGCUUGUAACUGCAAAUAAUAAAAGCUGGUUUUCCUUCAAGGACUGAUUUUUAAUGGCAGUUUGAAAAAGUUAACAAGCAGAAUGAAGGGGUCAUAAAUGGAAAUUAACCCAUAGCAUUGGGAAACUUAGAAAUCACUUGUUACUUUCCUGGUAGUGAGCCUAAUUUGUUUAAAAUAAAAUCCAUCUGUUCAUUUUGCAGUCUUUGUCGCACUUCCUUACAGCAAUCCACAGUGGAUUACCCCUUUACUUUAAAAAUUGGCUGCAAUUACGAUAAGCUGAAUAACUCUUAUUUUGUGGUUUGCUGUAGCAAGAUACUUUGGAGAGCAAUGAAGCUUCCCUUUAUUCUUAAAAAAAUAAUCAGCUAUUGUUAUUUUUUGCAGUUGGACCUGAGUAUUUUCUUAAUUAGGUUUCAAGUAAAUAUACAAUCUGAUGGCUUUGCAAAUUCAAAAUAUUUUUGAAUGUUGAUGAAUCAGCCAAACACUGCCGUUAAGUAUGUAAAUGACCUUAAUGUCAGUUUGGUAUUUGCUUAGCAUGCCAUGCAUGCAGCAAAACUUUGGAGUGAUUCAACUUUUCUGGCCGUGUUAAAUAUACUUCCUGGUGUAAGUUCCCUUUUUAUACAGGGACCAGUUUACUACUGUGCUCCCCUGUGUUUCCUCCUGAAUAUGUAUUAGUCCUCUAGAGAUGUUUUAAUGUGUUAUACAUACAUAAUGCUUCUACCUUUCUCUGUCUUUCUGAUUGUUAAUUAUGAGAUGUGUAAUUCUGACAGCAAUUGAGUGAAUAUUCGCUAAUCUAUGAUAUAAUUGAGUUUUUGAAUGUGUACUUCAAGAAGUUUAUAGACUUGUAUAGAGAAAUCAUUAAUUUUCAUUUGUUAAACUGAAGAUUCUCAAGUCCCGAUACUCUUUUGUGUUUUUAUCAGUGAAUCUGUUUAAGGAAGUACUUCUGGGUUUUGAGUGGUUUUCAUAGGUUUUUUUAUUUGUUUAUGUAGACACUCUUCUUUGUUGAGUGCAAGUUAUUGACCUGAUACUCUAUUUAUAAUUCUGCCUGGUUCUUCAGUAUUUUAUCUAGCUGUAACUUAUUAAAAACCACAAAUAUGAAAUGGGGAUAUUAAUGACAAGUGGUUUAAACGUGAGAGUUUCAAAAUGCAUGUCAGAAUAUUUCAACACUUUGUUCACUGUAAUUUUACAUUUUUUCAUUACUUAAGUAAUUAAAAAAAUCCUUAGGGUUGAAUUAUAGUAAAAUUUUAUACAUCUCAGUACUAAUUUUGUCUCUCAGUGGACAGCAAUAAUUUAGAUGGGAUUGUUUUUUAACUAAUUUAUUCUUAAUGGGGGGGAAAUAUUAACGUUGCAAAUUUUGCUUAUUAUAAUUUCAUUAAUAAUGUUGGUUGUUUUUAAUGAUCUCCAUGCCUUCAGAAACUUGUUCUUCUAUAUUUUGAAGAAAAACAUACAGAUAUACAGGGUUCUGUAAUAGAAUGUGUUUACAGUAUUUAUCCCCUGGGUUGGCUGUAACAGUAAGGGGAAGUACAGUGACAGAUAUGACUUGCAAUAGUUGCUAGUGUUAUGUGCCUUUGAAUAAUUUUCUUUAAUUCAUUAAUUUUUUUUAUAUCUUAGGUGAGGGUUAGCAGCUUUAAAUCAGUUUCAUUUCUAUUAAAGUGGAUAUGGUGAUACAUUCUUAGAGCUUUACUAGUUUUACUAACUUUAAAUAAUUUUAAAUCUGUAAGGUAAAUGGGUGUAUGGAUGGUUUUGAACUGAUCGUAGAUUGUUCAGUUUAACUUUUUAGGUUUCACGCACUCCUAGAGUAGAGGGAGAACUUACUGGUCAUAUCUGGCUUUUUUUUUUUUUUUAUGCUUUCGUUUUGUACUACAUAUGAUCAGUGGGACUUUCUUACCACGAUAGGUGUGCUAACUGUAGUGGCUUUUUUAAAUGUUCCCAUAGUUUGCACUGUGUGAUUCAUUUGAAUUUAGCUUACAAAUCAGUCCCUUUCUGUAGGCAUCUGCUUUGUACCUUGACAAGUAUGAAAAUAAUCAAAAAUAUCACUGUGCUUGACAGUGAGACUGUGUAUUUCUGUUUCUGAGUGUGAAUAGCAUUUAGCAGGGCUUGUCUAGUUAAAAAGCAGUUAAACUAGUAAUCAUACAUGAUCUGUGUUUAACUGUCAUUUGUAGAAAAAGUGCUACAAAGUGAUAUGUGGUGAUAAAUUCAGAAGGAAAAGAAUACGAAAUUCAGAUAUUGCAGCUUGAAUGAUUUGCUGUUAGCAUGGGGCCCAAUAACACUACAAAGCUAUAAACUCUGUCUUUCUAGAUUGCCCAGUUAGGUGGCAGAGAUGCAAUUUGUCUUUUCUGAUGCCGCCUGCUGCUUGCUAGCUCCAUCUCCUGUCACAGCCUAUUAGCUCCCCAAGAAAAUUGGUGGGAAAUUGCCUGCAGAUUGUAGGAAAUUGCAUCUCCAGGCCCUGUAAAAAAUGUAGGAUAGCACAACACUGAUCCUCCCAGAGCAGCUAUUAAUACAGCAAAAGCUGACCUUUGGCAUGGUGUGAAACGACUUUGCUAUUUGCUGAAUAAAGACUGUAUUAUGUGUGGUUGAAGGAGGGUACAAAUUAUUAUCCUAGCUAUGCCUGUAGCCAGCCUGCUCCAGGAAGCUUAAGCAUUAGUGAUAGGUUUUGCUGCCCCCCACCUCCUUCCUAUUGGAAGAUGGGAGGUAAGAUGUUGGAGCCUUAUCCAGAAAUUUCAUUGUACAGAUGGGCAAAAGCCACCAUGUAUUUAAAUGAUAUUAGUACAUAUGAAAUUCAAAGGUUUAGCGACAAAACUGAAAGAUAAUUUAUGAAGCUAAGCUCAAAAAAACAUUGAUAAUUGCCUCUGCUUGGUCUAGCCUUCAUCAGAGUAGGAAAAACUUUUGGGCUAUUUUGUUCUAUGUGUACAUCCACAAUAAACAUUUGAUUUUGGAGCAGUUACAGUGAAAUGGAGCUGAUUUAUACUGUAACUGCUGAGUGUAAAAGUCAUGGGCCACACAUUAGUUCUGAUAGAUUUUAGCAUUAAAUUCCUUUCUGCUAGGAAACUCACCUUUGUUGUAUUUAAACAAAUUCUCAUGUGUUCUUUAUGGUGUGAUAUGCAAUGAGUUUCAUCCUCUGUCAUUUGUACUAGAGCUACCUUUCUAAUCUUGUACUUUACCUCAGUUUUAUAGGGCCUUUCAAUAAAAAAGUUGACUUUUCCGUGAAUCCUGAGAGAGGGGAUAUGUAGAAUUAGUUUGCAACAUAAAAAAAUAAAUGCCAACAUUUUCUUUGAGCUUGCAAUUGUACUUAGUUGGUUCAGAGCCUCCUGAGGAAGAUGUGUGUGUGAAUCAGAAUGAUGUAUUGAUUAGAAGUGAGUGUGGGGAAGCCAGCAGCAGGGAAAAAGUAAUUUUGCAAUCAAGAGCAUUGCUGUUUUCAAACUCAGCUGAGAUCUGUUGGUAACUGGCGGCUGCCCAGGGAUCUGAGUGAAAUCAAUAUGUUAAUUUCCUAUUGUAUUAGUGUCCACUAUGUAAAUGAGCUGACAAGGCUUACUAACACUCACACAACUGAUUAGAGAAAAUUAGUGGCCUGCCUUAUGGAGCUGAGGCAGAGGAGCUGAGCAUAGGGCAGCAUGACAAAACAGGUACUACUCAUAGUUCAAAGCACAGCUGAAGGGGAUCAAGAGCACUUCAUGUUACAGGGCUCUCUGGGCCCCUGUUUUGAAUUCUUAUGAUCAUGCAUGCACACGUGUGUUGAUCUAAAAUGCUAAUUUGUUGAGGCACUGUCUUUCUAAAUUAGUUAUAGCACAUUUUAUGGAAGUUAUGCAGUUUAGUGCAUGUGUCUUUUCUUGUAAAACACAAAUACAGGAACAGAAGAGCUAUGGUGCUUGAGCCUUUAUUCUGUAUUUACAAUAGCUGUUCAUUUUCCAAGGUUAUUACAUACUAAUUGCAUUCUCAAAAUAAACCUUGCCAUUUAGUAACAAA